AUGUCCAAUCUAGAAAUUGUACAUUUAAUCAAUCAGUUGUUCUCAAUUAGUUGGUAUCAAUUAAAACCUAAUAUUAGACAAUAUCUAAUACCAUUUGUAUAUAAUUUAUUAGAUGAUAUGAUACCAUUUAAUGGUUUACAUGAAAUAUAUACAGAAACAAUCACUACAAUUUGUCCAUUAACUAACGCCAAUAGUCAUCAACACUUGUCCGAGUCAAAUAUUAUUAUAAAGUCAAUAUUAUAUGAAUUAAAAUGGAUGAGUGUAACUAUUACAGUAGGAUCAUUAUAUAAACAAACUAAAACAACUUUAAAUUUAACACGUUCAUUUGAUAAUUUAUUUGUUGGCACAGUGAAUAAUUAUCUUAUUGAUCCGGAGGAAAUCAAUUAUUUCAAUAUAAUUUUACGUAAUUUAAAAAGUAUUCCCCAUAAUGAAGAACAUCAACAUCAAUAUUUGAUAUAUUUAUAUGAAAAUAUAAAUAAUUUAUUUCAAGAAUAUCAUAUAAAUUAUUUACUUGUUCAAGAACAAUUAAAAAUUAUUGAAAAGAAUAAAAUUAUUCUAAAACCAUUUGAUCAACUUGUUAAUAUUGGAUUAAAUAUAUUAGAUCGAAUAAAAUCAAUGUCCAAUCUAGAAAUUGUACAUUUAAUCAAUCAAUUAUUCUCAAUUAGUUGGUAUCAAUUAAAACCUAAUAUUAGACAAUAUCUAAUACCAUUUGUAUAUAAUUUAUUAGAUGAUAUGAUACCAUUUAAUGGUUUACAUGAAAUAUAUACAGAAACAAUCACUACAAUUUGUCCAUUGACUAAUGCCAAUAGUUAUCAACACUUGUCCGAGUCAAAUAUUAUUAUAAAGUCGAUAUUAUAUGAAUUAAAAUGGAUGAGUGUAACUAUUACAGUAGGAUGUAUUUGUCUGUUAUUAUUAUCAUUGAUUAGUUCAUUUCUAUUGUAAAAUUCAAUGUCUUUCAUGUUUUUUUUAUAUUGAUUAUACCAAAU